AAAUUCUGCAUUCUUCAUUCAAAGUUUGAUCAUCUAAGAACAGGUUUUGACUAGAUAUGAAUGCAGCUCUUCACUGAAAAUCGCUCCUUGGGAAACAUACUUAUUAUGAUAACAGUGCUAGCGUCUUCUUUACAAAUGAAGAAGUCAUUAUUGCAUGAUUUCCAGAAUAUUCUAGUAACUGAUAUGCUUUCUUCUCCAACUUGCUUCAUUUUGAAUCCAAUCCAAAUGCCCUGCAUUAUAUGUUUCAGCUGCUGAAUUAGCCUUCCAUAUGUGUGAUUGACUUGAUAUGCUCAACUGUCUACCAUGGCUGUGCCAUCACAAUGCUUUAACCAUUUUAGUCUGCGUGUUAGGAGCAAUCAUAGCAAGGCUAUGGCCACAUUUGACUAAGUCCACCAAGGUCUAUAACAUGUUCAAGUUUGAGUGGGUUCGCAUUUGUGCCACCAUGUGAGGAAUGGUCACCGCUUUCUUAAAGAUCUUCUGAUGUUGACCUAUAAUCAUCUAGGAGGAUGGAUUCAGUAGAUGAGGUGAAAAUAAUUCCAUACCUCAUAUUUAAGACGACUCUUGCUUUGAACCCAAAUGAGCAAGACACACAUUCCAAGCAUACUAGUACAUGUCCCCAGCCAUUUGAAGCGUGGAUUUAACUCUACUCUUAAUACACAUCAAUUUGUCAACACAAUUUGAAUCAUAUAAUUUCUUAAUAUUUGACAAUCUUCUUUUCUUUUCUUCCAGGCUAAAGAUUAUCAAGUUGCUGACUUGAUGCGGCAACCCCAUUAGUGUGCUUGAUUGAAACCAGUUCCUUUAAGGUUUGUCACCGCUUUUCAAGGUGAAAACGAUGAAAAUAAAUCAGAAUUUGUUGUUUUGAUUGUGAUAUUCAUCAUAUGUCCACUUUAUUUGGUGGUGCUUUUUAUUGAUGAUACUCUGUUUAUCUCUCUGGGACCAUAUUUAUUCUAUAUUUCUCUUUCUUUCUGUAUGCUUUCUUUGCUGUAAAUGCUGAACCAAACUGUGGUUGGGGAAGGUUAAAACAAUUGGAUUUCAAGUUUAAGGCCAACCUAUACUGAAACUCAAACUUCUAUUUUCAUUCUACUCAUUCAAUGCAGUUUGUUUCUGUAUCUGUUCCUGUACAUAUAUGAAAUUAAUAAAUAUCUUAUUUGAAU